GCCAUGGCCAUGCUUGGGACGGCGCUCGGCGCCCGCCACACCGUGGGAGCGCCGGACGGUUCGUGGGACCAUCAGACCAACUACUCCCAGUGGGUUUCCACAAUCAGGUUCAUCACCAGCGAUGAGCUCAAGUUCCAGUACUCCACCGCCAUGCACAAUGUGGUGAAGGUGAGCAAGACGGGGUAUGACUCUUGCAACGGUUCCAGCCCCAUAGCGACUUUCCUGACCGGUAACGAUGUUGUUCCGCUUGCCACCGUCGGUACCCGAUAUUUCAUCUGCGACAUCUCUGGGCACUGCGAUGCCGGCAUGAAGGUCGAGGUCAACGCCAAGUCCAAAGAAGUGUGGACUGUGCAGCGGUGCCGACGGACAGGGAACCGACGUCGUUGCCAGUCCGAGACAGUAUUAAGUUCAACUGCGGCGGCUGGUGUUGAUCAGUCUGCGGUGGCCCGGCUCGCUCUGAUUGUUGUUGCGGCUGGUCUUAUGUUGUUCUUUUAG